UGCAGGAAAUAUUCAUGUCUUUUAUUGUAGACCAACUUGAUCUUUAUAAUAUUAUGUCUGAUUUUAGUGAGUUUUGUGAAAAACGGGUGUAAAAUAUUAGUCAAGUAUUCUCAAGUUCGAUUUAAGUUACUAGUAAAUUUAUAAAUAAAUAAAAAUGCCGGCGUAUCAUUCAUCAUUUGCAAAGAACAAUGUAUCCUUGGGAAAUAUGGCUUUAUUGCCUUUAAAAACAAGUUUUAGAGGACCAGCCCCAAGCAGUCCACCGGAUAAAGAUGAUAUUAUUGAUGAAGCACUUUAUUACUUCAAAGCUAAUGUAUUUUUUAGGACGUAUGAGAUAAAGAGUGAUGCUGAUCGAGUAUUAAUAUACAUAACUCUUUACAUAACGGAAUGUUUAAAACGUCUACAAAAAUGUUCAACCCAAAAUCAAGCUAUAACUGAAAUGUAUUCACUUGCUAUCUCUAAAUUUGAUAUUCCUGGUGAUCCAAAAUUUCCUUUGAACUCAGUCUAUGCAAAACCUUCCAGUCCUGCGGAAGCUGACCAAAUGAGACAGUAUUUACAACAGUUAAGGCAAGAAACCGCAGCAAGGCUUGUUGAUAAAGUGUAUUGUAAUAAUGGUAAACCAAGUAAAUGGUGGCUAUGUUUUGCUAAAAAGAAAUUUAUGGAUAAAUCGUUAUCUGCGCCUGGACAGUAAUCCACACUCAACAGC